GAUUGUUUGUGGGGUCAUAGAUAUUUGUGUCAGGCGCUGUAUGACAUUGACGAGAUAAACUAUUGGCAAAUUGACAUGACAAUAUUGACAACCAAAACAGAAGUCGGUCAGAACAGACUCGGACGUCUAAGACUCCCAACAAGAAAUUUUAAUCGCUGGCCCUUUGUGUGAAAACCCAAAAGUUAAAAAAGCUUACAGCUCGGAAGAAUACAUUCAUUUAAUUAGCAGAAUCUUAGUGUACAAUUGUAAUGUAUUAAAAGAGUAUUGAAUGUGUUAAAUGGAUUUCCAUGGAUGAAAAAGAACAUAGUUAAAUAGUUAACUUCCCAGUUCACUCAGGCUCAUGCCAAUCAAAAUGUACCUAAAUUUCUUUAGCUGCUUUGUCUUCAUCUUGAACUUUCAAUUAUUUACCGCUGAUGUGCCAUUGUCAUCACUCUACAAUGCAGAUGGUGGUUUAUCUAAUGACUCAGUCAAAUGUAUAGAACUCCUAAAAACAUUUGCUCAGUCUGCUUCCAACUUGACAAUGUGCUCCAUUAUUUAUGCCAGGCCUGUACGGCUCUGUGAGAAGUGUGUCAAUGAAUAUGUUAAUUUUGUAUUGGAUUUUAAUGAGUUAUUAAGCGCAGAGGAUAAUGGUACAACUUGCAGAUCUUUAUUUAUAUCUCAGGAUAGAUUAGAUGCGGUGCUUGAGUUUCAGACUCACAUUGCAACCGUUUGGGAUAAAGGAAAUUGUAAUAAUUGUUUUGAGUGGGAUGGAAGUAUCCCUACAACAUCCAAUAAUACAAAAAAGUUUGACAAAUUACACAAUGAAACUAUGGAUUGUAUCCUUGAUAACAUAAAUAAAUAUGGGAAUAACACAGACAAGGUGUGUGAAAACUGCAUGCAACUGUAUGUAGAACUGGAUGAGUUCUACAAGUCCCUGAGCACUGAUGGCAUUGGUGUUGACAGUGUUUGUAUGGAUGUGGUAGACCUGAUGAAUACUACAAGGUCAGUGUGGAGUAAAGACCUGGACUGCUGCAAGUUAAGAAGGGCUCCAGAAAUAGUAUUUUUGUGCUGUUCUGCUAUUAUAUCAGCGCUGCCUGUACUUUUCUACCUAGCCAUGAGAUAUUGUGGCCCAAUUAGGGACUUGCCUAAUGUUUUAAAACAAUCCAGAUUCAAGCAGACAUUCAUGAGGUCUAGUACUGGGAGGAUUAAUUAACCUUUGGUAUGCUCCAUAUAUAUUCAGCCAAAUUUAAGGCAAAUUGUUGACAGGCACAUAUGCAAGGUUAACACUCACUGCCAACAACCUGCUAGGUGGUUUCUUUUGUACAGUGGCGGGGCAAUAACUGUUAAAAGUAAAUAUAAAUAAGGGACAAAACAUAUUUUGUAAAAUAAUGCCAAAGAAAUCAGAAAUAAAAGACAUUAUUUUGUUAA